AUGGCAUCUGAACAAUCUACCGGUCCCCUCCGCCUCGGAUACACUGCGCCAAACUUCAGCGCUGAGCAUUCUGCAACAUCUACUGACACUUUUGCCUUCCUUGCAGGCGAUAGCUGGUGCAUCCUCUUCUCCCACCCCGAAGACUACACCCCAGUGUGCACGACCGAGCUGGGAGCCUUCGCAAAGCUCGAGCCCGAGUUCUCGAAGCGCAACGUCAAGCUCAUCGGCCUGAGCGCAAACACGAUCGAGAGCCAUGGCGGGUGGAUCAAGGACAUUGACGAGAUCUCCGGGAGCAAGCUGAAGUUCCCGAUCAUCGGGGACAAAGAGAGGAAGGUGGCGUUGAUGUACGAUAUGAUCGACCACCAAGACGCCACCAACGUCAACGAAAAGGGCAUCGCCUUCACCAUCCGCAGCGUCUUCAUCAUCGACCCCAAGAAGACCAUCCGCACCAUCCUCUCCUACCCCGCGAGCACCGGCCGCAACACCGCCGAGGUUCUGCGUAUUGUGGACUCCCUGCAGACGGGCGACAAGCACAAGGUUACUACGCCUAUAAAUUGGCUGCCGGGCGACGAUGUGAUCGUGCACCCGAGCGUGAAGUCGCCGGACGCUGAGAAGCUGUUCCCGAGGAUGACGGUCGUGAAGCCGUAUUUGCGGUUUACGCCGCUGCCGCGGGACCAGACGAGUGCGGCUGUCUGA